AUGUGUAUUGAUACAGCCUCUAUGAAGGGCAACUGGACGGUAGCUGUCAAUAUUGAAGUUAAUGCUUGUUGUUGUUCAUGGAUUUUUAAGUUGAUUUCUGGUGAGACAUGGAAUUCAUUAAAACUGCAUUAUCAAUUAAGAAACGUGCAGGAAUGAUUAACUUAAAACCUGGUAGAAAAGGGCAUAUUAACCGAGAAACAGAACUUCCUUCUUUUUGACAUGACGACACAUCCCCUCACCAACAACAACAUUAAGCAGCGCCUCAUCAAGAAGGUGCAGGAGGCUGUUCUCGACAAAUGGGUGAACGACCCUCACCGCAUGGACAAGCGCCUGCUGGCCCUCAUCUACCUGGCCCACGCCUCGGAUGUCCUGGAGAACGUGUUUGCGCCCCUCCUGGACGAGCAGUACGACUUAGCCACCAAGUGGGUGCGGCAGCUCCUGGACUUAGACCCUGAGGUGGAGUGUCUGAAGGCCAGCACCAGCGAGGUGCUGUGGGCAGUGGUGGCCGCCUUCACCAAGUGACCUUGCGCAGAACCGAGCGUCCCCCUUUCUCUCGCGGGAGCCAGUCGUUUUUCUUCCAGGGACUUCUGGUUUUCUGCAGUUUGUACUUCCCACACUAUAAUUGGCUUUUGUUUUAUGAAAUGGUG